AUGAGCGGUUCCUGCUCACCAUGCGAAGAGCAAGACUCACACAACACUGCUUGGCCUUCAUUCCCAGAGCUUUGCCGCGCUGCAGCUGGGCGCUUGCCAGCCGACGGGCGUUUGAACGCAGCUGGAGAAUGGCACUUUGUCUGCUGGGAGGUUCCCAUCGAUGACCCCUCCCACCAUGACCAGCUCUUCGUCGAGAGCCCGCGCGCGGAGAGGACAGCCCUGGAUGAGACCGACGUUCAAGGCGCGUUUAAGCGUGUGAACUCAGUCUGGCGGAACGUCAUCGAGGAGGACGGGCAAUUUGCUCCAGAGCCCAAUCGUUAUCACCUCUAUGUGGCUUUAGCCUGCCCUUGGGCGGAUGGAGCGCUUGCAGCUCUCUUCAUGCCACCCGACUGCGAUCGACGUGGGGCGUCGAAGACGAAGGGUUUGGAGGAUUGCAUCGGCUACAGCGUGGUGCACCCCACCUGGCAACGAAGCCGCCCAGAAGAUCCACAGGAUCAGCAUCAUGGAUGGACCUUCCGUCAACCCCGCGACGCACCGUUGUCGAAUGGCCUGGGCCAUGGCAGCUUUGAGUGCGACGACGCCCUAGUGCCGGAUUCGGUGAAUGGUGCCAAAUUUGUGCGGGAUAUCUACGAGAAGGCCGGCGAUACCGGCGGCAAGUAUUCCACUCCACUGCUGUGGGACAAGAAGCAGAACACCAUUGUGAACAACGAGUCGAUGGACAUUCUGCGCAUGUUCAACAGUAAGUUCAACAAAUGGGCCAAGAUGCCGGAACUGGACUUGUUCCCCGCCAGCCUGGAAGCGGACUGCGAAGCGGCCAACGCAUGGAUUUAUCCGAACAUCAACAACGGCGUUUACAGGUGUGGCUUCGCCAAGAGCCAGGAAGCCUACGACAUCGCUGCGCAGGACCUGGCGGGUGCCCUUUCAAAGGCCGAAGAGCUCUUGUCGAAGCAGCGGUACGUGUGCGGGGACACCUUCACCUACAUGGAUCUUCGCCUCUUCAUGACCUUGAUUCGCUUUGAUGCGGUCUAUGUGGUCUACUUCAAGACCAACAUGGGCACCAUUGAGAUGAAUUUCCCCAAUUUGUUGGAGUACUGCAAGGACCAGGGAUGUUUAUCAGGUGCCGGGCAUGGCAAAGGCCAUCAACAUGCGGCACAUCAAGAUGCACUACUUCACCUCACAUCCAGAUCUGAACAAGUUCGCAGUGAUCCCUAA